GGGAGGGAACACCGAGAAAUCUAGUAUCACUGUCACGAAGAACACCCCAACUUUAAACCACUCAACCCGUCACUUGGAUGGUGGGAGACUUCGAUGGUGUGAGUUGAUGGAUCCAAUACAAUACCCUUUCUACCAUCUUCUCUUCUCAUCCGAUAUACACAAAAAGUCAUCACAUGCCGCAUGUGGCGAAUUAAAAAAGGCAAAACAAAAAGGUACCAACCCUCUCAUUGGCCUAGCAAGCGACUUCCCUCGACUUCCAUCCAAAAAAUCAUCGGCACCACGCUGGGCUGUCCCGCAUUGGAGCCCGAAACGCGUUUUUGCAAGUUUCUGCUUCACCUCGCGACCCAACUUUAUCCCCCCUCGCCCCCUCCGUCACCUUCCCGCCAGAAGCCAACAUGGUAAACAUCCUCUUUAGGACCACCCACCCAAUCAUCACCACCUCCCUCCAAACCCCACGCCUGAAUUAGUAUCCAACAACCAACAGAGACGCCCAAAACAGUGCCUGAGCCUGCGCAACACUGAUCGGCUCAUGCACCACGACCUCGCGACCUUGCAUCUGAGUGCCACCGCCCGCAAACCUUGGCCCUUGCCCGUGGUGUCUCCCUUGAACCUUCCGAAAAUAGGGUUCGAAGUAUCUUGGAACAUCCUCUUACACCUUCUACCGACCCCUUGCGCUCCGACCUCCUCUCCCACCCCGCGACCUCUUCUUCUUUCUCAAUCACAGCACCGCUUGAUAACCAUCAUCCCAUAUCGAAGACCGUCCUUGAAGCGUGAAGCACAGGAAACAAACCCACAGACAGCCACCCACCAUCUUUUCACCAUGGUCUCUUUUUCUUGCGAGGUACGUCGACUUUGUUUACUCUACGCGCCUGAUCCCCGCCAUGCGCAAGCCCGACGAUGGAGGGACAGUCGAGCUGACAUGAUGAUUCUUAGGCCUGCGGAGACGUCCUCACGAAGAAGAAACUCGAUCCUCACCGCAAUCAGUGUCGUGGCGCAUCCUUCACCUGUUUGGACUGCAUGGUUCAUUUUCAAGGAAACGAAUAUCGCGCCCACACCGUACGUACCUGACCGAAAUCACAUUUGAUACUGUCUAACAAAGCUCAAGAGCUGUAUCAGUGAAGCACAAAAAUACCAAGGAGCUCUAUACCGCCCAGAGAAGGAAAAGAAGAAUAGAAGCAACAACAACAGUAAUAACAACAUCUCUCAAGCCCUAGUACCCCACAAGGCAUAUGUCGAGGAUGCGGACGAGUACAACAAUUCCCAGCUCGCCAUCGUGGCCAUGCCAGAAGCACCCGAACCACCAUCUGCAGCGCCUGAAUUCGCAAUGGACGCUGACCCGGUCAACGUCUUUGACUUUCUUGUCGGCGAGACUCCAAAUGUCUCCCGAAUGGCCUUGCCAGUCCCCGAAUCAAUGAUGAUCGAAGAUGCGCCACAAGAGAACAAUGAUCGCGAGUUGGUACGAGUGCAUUUCGAGGACUACAGAGCUGAGGAUGGUGAUUAUGAGGAAUACCAGGAUGCGCCAAAUGCCGCAUAUGAAACACCAGCACCGAAACAAGAACGUGAGCGCGAACGAAGAAAGGAAAAGAAGGAUCGUGAGCUCACUCGCGAAGAGAAGAAGGAUAAGAAGCGCAAGCGUUUGCACGUGGAAACUCGCGAUCUAUCACCAAAGGAAGGCGACGAGGAAAUGACAGAUGCCCCACCUGUGCUUCAUUCAGGGUUGACUGGUGGUCUGAAGGGAUUGUUGUCUCGUCCGUCAGUGUUCCCGCCCUCUCCAGAUUACUCUGGUGGAGAUGCAGAAAAUUCAUCUCCUGGCAGUCCUCUCAAGAAGACGAAGCACUCGAAACGUGGCCGAAGCCGUGUUGACACAAUCAGCAACAACCUAAUGGCAUUGAUCAGCACACGUCGGGAGCAUUCUUCUGAGGAACGACCAAAGCGGAAGCAUCGCAAACACCGAGAGACCUCUGCGAAAUCAUCGCGAAAGUUGAUUGAGUAUAAGCCUAUGCACGACAAUGGUGCGAUUAAUCAGGGUGACUCGCAGCUCGUGGUCUAUAAACCUCGAUCGGAGUUGCUUCUGGAAUUUGUCAAGAAGGGACCUGAGAGUGACCGCGGGAUGAGUAUGCACAAGGCAUUGAAGAGAUACCACCGGGAGCGCAACGCCACUGGAACUGGACUCAGCAAAGGCGACGAGGAGAAGGAGCUCUGGAGAAGUCUGAGAAUGAAGCGGAAUGACCGAGGCGAAAUCGUUUUAUUUAUGUGA